AUGGCAACGUUUGUCAUGCAAUCCCUGGGCUGUGAAGUCGCCGCCUUGAACACGGUCCACUUCAGUACGUUGCAACCCGGCCGUCUCAAUCCGAACCCUGACUCACAGGCAAUUGCAGGUAACCACACAGGCUACCGCCAAUUCAAGGGAACUCGUGCCACCGCACAGGAAAUUUCAGACCUUUACCAGGGGUUGUGCCAGAGUAACCUCACGGACUUCGAUGUCAUGCUAUCCGGCUACGCCCCGAGUGCAGCAGCCGUGGAAUCAGUGGGCACCAUCGGCAUUGACCUGCAAGAGAAAGCAGAGAAGAAGCCCGGGUCAUUUUUCUGGGUCCUGGACCCAGUCAUGGGCGACCAAGGCCGACUCUAUGUCAACGACGACGUAGUCCCCGCAUACAAAAAAAUCAUCCCUUUUGCGGAUUUGAUUUUACCUAACCAGUUUGAAGCCGAGACCCUCUCCGGCGUCAAAAUAACCUCACUAGAAACCCUCGCUUCGGCUGUAACGGCCAUCCACAGGCUCUACUCGGUGCCGCACGUGAUAAUCACCUCAGUGCAACUCUUCAAACUCUCCCAAUCAGGCUCAACCCCACCCCCACCAGAAAACUUCCUAACAGUCAUCGGCUCAACCACUCGCUCCGACGGGUCACCGCGACUAUUCCGCGUCGACGUCCCAGCGCUGGACUGCUUCUUCAGCGGGACGGGCGAUAUGUUCGCAGCGCUGACCGUCGCGCGUCUAAGCGAGGCCGUUUCUGCAGUGGAUGGGUUGCGCACGACCAAGUCGUGGGUUUCGCCCGACGACGUUGCGGCUACGGAUUUGCCGCUGGCUAGUUCGACGGUCAAGGUUCUGUCCAGUAUGCAUAGUGUUCUGGAGCGGACGCUGGAGAGUCGGGAUGCGGAGCUGGCGGUUGCUGUUCCUGCGUUGGAUGGAAAGGCGUCAGCGGUGGAAUUGCAAAAGAGAGAUUAUUUGCGCAGAACGAAGGCUGCCGAGGUUAGACUUGUGAGGAAUACGCGGGUUUUGCGAGAUCCGAAGAUUCUGUUUGAGGUGCAGGAUUGGAAGAAGGAGGAUCUUCCUAAGGAUCUGCGCUAG